AUGGUAGCAGGAUGGGUGCUAUUGUCCAUCAUCUUAUCAUGUACUCAGCUGAUUAGGUCUGCGCCGGUCGACUACUUCCCUAUUAACUCCCAGCUGCCUCCAGUGGCACGCAUUUCCCGGCCUUUCUCCUUCGUCUUCUCUCCUCUGACCUUCUCAUCCCCGGACCCGAUAUCGUAUACGCUGGUGGAUCCUCCUUCUUGGCUCUCCAUCGAUAGCAGCGAUCGGCGGCUGUUUGGAACGCCAGAAGAUCAAGAUAUUCCUUCAGGAGAAGUAGUAGGAAUACCGAUCAGUAUAUUGGCCGAAGAUCAGUCAGGUUCCACCACUGUUAAUGCAACUUUGGUGGUAUCCAGAAACCCGACACCAGAGGUUACGAUUCCUCUCUCGGAACAGAUCACAAAGUUUGGGCGUUCUUCAGGCCCAUCCUCACUCUCCGUCAAGCCGUCGGAACAAUUCAGGUUGACAUUCGAUCCCAGAACCUUCGGCGAAACUGACUUGGAGUAUUACGGGGUCUCUAGAGACAACACACCGCUUCCAUCUUGGCUUUUAUUCGACCCCAAUAGUCUAUCUUUUUCUGGGAAUGCACCUGCUUUCGAGUCAUUGCUUCAACCACCCCAGAAGUUUGACUUGAAGCUCAUAGCAUCGGACGUCGUCGGCUUCAGCUCUGUGUUAAUACCAUUCUCUAUUAUUAUCAGCGUUAGCGAAUUGACGGUUGACUCCCCUGUGGUAAUCUUACAAGCCAGAAGAGGGAACGCAUUCCGAUACAGCAAUCUCACCCAGAUCAUCAAGCUCGACGGUAGACCCGUUGCUGCAACGAAUAUAAGCUCUAUAUCGACGAACAACCUUCCCCUAUGGCUCAAUUUCGACGACAGAACAUGGGAGCUUAGUGGAAUGCCGACGCAGUCUGAUAGCACUUCAAAUGUUACAGUAAUCAUCGUCGACAAAUUCUCAAAUGAGGUCAAAGUCACUUUGGUAAUAGACAUAGACACGGAGAUAUUUCGCUCGGAUAUACAUCCCUUGAACGUCUCUGCUGGGACUGAGGUGUUGGUCGAUAUCAAGCCCUACCUGUGGAACUCGUCGGAUGUUGAGUUGAAAAUUUACAGUGGCCCAAAAACAUCUUGGGUACACUUUGAUGCCUCCAGAUUGGCUUUGUUGGGGACCGCCCCAACCUCGUCUUCGGCUUUAGACGCUGAAGUAAACCUGAAGGCAACAUCAAAAACGACGCAGGAGACAGAGUCUCGCCGCCUAUUGAUCCAUAUCACCGCAGCCCAGCCAAGAUCACUGUCCAGAAUCCCAACGGCUCCAACCUCGAUACGAACAGAUAGUCCGCCUUCCCAACUCCCCAAGGAUCUGGACACCCAAAAAACGCCCAAUGACACGCUACUCUUGGCGAUUCUCCUGCCCCUUUUCCUCGUAUUCAUCAUACUAAUCGUAUCACUUUUCUGCUUCCGAAGGCGUCGUAGGAAUCGUGAUCAUAAUCAUGUUAUCGAAGUUUCAGCACCUAUUCCGGGCACUUUCGUAAAACACGACGCCAGCAGCCUCGAAGGGGCCGCUCUGCACGGAUUGUUUGAUAUGGGGUCCCGGUAUCGGGAAGCGGCUUCUCGAAGUGGGAGUAUUGGGGCGGCAGCAACAUCUUCCAGGUCAAAGGGGUCCGGAAUUUCAAACCUGAGCCUCAGGAACAACCUGAAUCUCUACGUGAUGCCCUUGAAAUUGGCUAGAAUAAGACCGGCGAAAGCAACAACAAAAGCCCAUGCACAGCCCUUUCCAGCAUCUCCAAGCCUGUCACCCGGCACACAGCCAGACGAAGGAAGCCUUCUGUCGGACACUAGUAUUGCCACGGAGGGUAAUGGUAUCCAAGGCGCAAUGCCUGCGCUGGUGAUGGGCAGAUUGAGCGCAGCAAAUGGCGAAACCCUGCGAAAGUCUCCAGCUCUGAGCGUCCCUAUGGCUCAAGAACCAUUCAGCAUUCAAGCUACGCCCGAGGUUGCGUACAUCGCUGGUGGAAACAGCAGCGGGUCAGAUGAUGAAUUGGACAAGAUGUCGCCAAUAUGCCCUAGUGCAUCAUCUUCGAUGAUUCAGGGUUUAGGUAUACAGCCUACGGGGGGCUCAGUGCUUCACGGCAGGAAUAGGAGAGUGUCCAAUGCAUGGAAGCGGGGAAGCCCCAGCCGACUACUUGAAGAAUACAAGCGAAAGACUGAUCAAAGCAACUCCACCGAUCAAACAACCAGAACGAGUUUCUUGACUGCAGGGGCGUUUGAAGACCCUGUCACGGCGAAUAUCAUUUCCCGGCCGACUGUGGUCCACAUCCCAAGCCGUCCUGGCGACGGGCGACAUGGCAGCAGAAGGGUGCACGAGUCUAGCCCUCUGUUCGGAGGGGGCUCAGUCGUAAGAUCACCGAAGAACUUUGGAGUAGUAACAGGUACUCCUCCGGAGCCUUCUCCAGAUGAGUUGGCACAACCACCCCUUACGCUAGCCAGCGACACCGCCAAGUACCGUGAAAGAGAUUCACCCGCGAAACCGACUGCUAGAAACUCGUUAGGAAUUGCUUAUCAAGAUAUCAUCAGCAACGACCGGGAGUCUGAAGACUUGAUGUCGCCAGACCGAUGGCCCAGGCCAAAUGUGGAUGGUAUAGCAACACCAGGUCCGUCAUCAAGGCAGCCUCAACUGUCGUCUAUCUCCUCAGGCCCCGUCCCUACGACGCCGAUUAAGAGCAAGAGAAAGAUGAAUCCCGGUGCGACAAAUGAGUCCAGUCCGUCAACUGUGAGUAAGAGAAGAAACGCCUUAUCGCGCGAGGAGCGUUUGCGCAUGAGCCGGGCGCGAGAGCAGCAGGCUCUCAACAGCUUCAAGGCCCUGAUGUCGCACCCGGAGCCUGCCUGGCCGUAUCCCGAGCCGAGACCCCUACCAGAAACGCCGACGAGGAUGCCGCUGGCCGACCGGCCGAAUGAGUCAAGGAGCGGCGGUCCUGCCUCGAGGACCAAUGUACAUAGAAAGUUGGACAAGUCGACCAGGGGCGAGUGUACGGAGGCCGAUGACAGCUGGGAGGACGUCGUACCUGAGCCUACGCCUGGUGGCGAGUUGUUUGGGAGCUCGACGGGGAGUUUCCCCGUGUUUAUAUAG